CGAACAAUUCUCUUUUUGUUUCUCAAACUCAAAGGGAAUCUCCAACAAGUCGUUCAGCUUGCAUUUGGCAUUCUUUUGGUCUCGUGUAAUUUUGGAUUUGUUGGAAAGAUUUCUCUUUGUGGGUUUUUGCUGACAUCAAUGUGUUAGUUCUCGUUCUUCAUUUCAAUUAGAGGGGGAAAUGGCUGUGACGGAUUCCGCAAACCUUUGCAAUAUAAAGAAAGUUCCUGCGGAGGCUUCUUUUUGUUGGUUCUGACAGUCGGUUGAUCCUCUUCAAGUGCAUUUGUUUGAGGAAAAAAAUACUAUAGAGAUGGGGUCUGUUAGUGGGGAGUCGUCGGUAUGGGAUGGUCAAGAUUCAAGUCCACGUGACGAGAGAAUCUUUGUCUCAGUAAGAUUAAGGCCUCUGAAUGAGAGAGAGCUUUCAAGGAAUGACGUGCCGGAGUGGGAAUGCAUCAACAACACAACCAUCAUAUUCAAGAAUGGUCUUCAGGAACGUUCAUUGUCUCCGACUGCCUAUACAUUUGACAGAGUAUUUGGGCCUCAGAAUCCCACAAGGCAAGUUUAUGAGGAAGCAGCCAAGAAGAUUGCUCUUUCAGUAUUAAGUGGAAUGAAUUCAAGUAUUUUUGCAUAUGGCCAGACGAGCAGUGGAAAAACAUACACCAUGUCUGGGAUUACGGAAUACGCAGUUGCAGAUAUAUAUGACUACAUAGAAAAGCAUCGAGAAAGAGCAUUUGUGUUAAAAUUUUCGGCCAUGGAGAUUUACAAUGAAGUAGUGAAAGACCUUCUGAGCUUUGAUGGUACUCCACUUAGACUUCUAGAUGAUCCAGUGAGGGGCACUGUUGUUGAGAAACUUACAGAGGUGACAUUAAGGGACUACAGCCAUCUGAAAGAGCUCCUUUCCAUCUGUGAAGCUCAGAGGAAAAUUGGCGAAACUACUCUUAAUGAAAUGAGCUCUAGAUCUCAUCAAAUUCUGUGCUUGACUGUUGAAAGUGAAGCUCGUAAAUACUUUUCUGCAGAAAAUUCCAGCUCUCUAACAGCUACAGUGAAUUUUGUUGAUCUUGCGGGGAGUGAACGUGCUUCUCAAACAUCAUCAGCUGGCAUGAGACUAAAGGAAGGCUGCCACAUUAACCGCAGUUUGCUCACUCUUGGGACAGUUAUUCGCAAACUAAGCAAAGGAAGAAACGGACACAUUCCAUACAGAGACUCCAAGCUGACACGUAUUCUACAGCACUCAUUGGGAGGUAACGCCAGGACUGCCGUUAUUUGCACUAUGAGUCCUGCUCACAGUCAUGUCGAGCAAUCAAGAAGCACGCUCGUAUUCGCUAGUUGUGCCAAGCAAGUUAGUACCAACGCAAAAGUCAAUGUUGUGAUGUCAGAGAAAGCUCUAGUGAAACAGCUGCGAAGAGAAAUAACCAGAAUGGAGAAUGAGCUUAGGAACUUGAAUUCGAUUGCUACCUCUUGUGAUACUGCAUCAGCACUUAAAGAGAAAGAACUUCUUAUUGAAAAGUUGGAUAAAGAGAUAAGACAAUUAAUUCAUCAACGUGACGUAGCUCGAUCUCGUCUUGAGGAUAUGUCACUGCCAGGAGGAUCAUUUGGGUCACCAAAAUCUUGGAUUGAUUGGCAAAGCCUCGAGAAAGGUUCACAAACAGAUGAAUAUGCAUCUUCGGAAGCAUCGGAGAUCAUUGAUCCCUUGUACUCUGAUGUUUCAUCCAGGGCAUCUCAUUUUUCUGAUAGAUAUGAGGAUGUCAGUUCCAGUAGGACUGAACAUCAGUCCCCCAGGAAUGAUACAGACCAAUUUUUAUCAGACGAUAUAUCUCCAACUCUAUACAUUGAUAAGUAUUUUGGUCCUGAAUCGCCUGAUCCUGGCUGGGAGAAGAUUGCUCAAGUGGCUGGCAAUAAGCUUGAAUGUACCCACAUGGCGGUUCAGUGUAUAGAACUUGAUUUGACCAAGACGAAUGUGGUUGCAUCUGCUGCUUCACCAGAUACAGGAGAUAAGAAUUCAGGGAUAUCUCAUUGUUCAUUGGAGAACUCUCCAGCUUCUAACAUGGCGAAAGAAGAUGAGGAAUCAUCACAGGACAAAGCAGAUAAUCAGGGGAAGCUUCCAAGUGUGGAGCCAGAGGCUAAUAGUGAAAACCUGCAUGCCGAAGAUUCCAAUAGUCCUAUCAGGAGUGACUUCGUGAACGAAAAAGAAGAAAACAUCAAGACGUCAGUUGAAGAUUGCAAAGUCAAGCAACAAGAAUUGACAGAAGUCAAUGAAGUGAUCGAGCCUCAGGUAGUGACGCAGCGUGAGGAUGAUUUGGAACUAUGCCAGCAGGAUCCGGAGGUUACAGGAAUAUCCGAUAAUCAAGAAACAAAGACAGACGGUGGCUCCAAUGAUGAUCAGAAUAAGGUGCUAUCUGCUUCAGAUAAUCAAGAAACAAAAACAGAUGAUGGCUUCAAUGAAGAUCAAGAUACAACACAAUCUGCUUCAGACAAUCAAGAAACAAAGACAGAUGGUGGCUCCAAUGAGGAUCAAGAUACUCGAGAAAUAAAGACAGAUGGUGGCUCCAAUGAGGAUCAAGAUACUCGAGAAAUAAAGACAGAUGGUGGCUCCAAUGAAGAUCAAGAUACAACAAAACAUGCUUCAGAUAAUCAAGAGACAAAAACAGAUGGUGGGUCCAAUAAAGAUCAGGAUACAACGCAAUCUGCUUCAGAUAAUCAAGAAACAAAGACAGAUGGCGGCUCCAAUAAAGAUCAGGAUACAACACAAUCUGCUUCCGACUGGUCUACUCAAUUUGAGAGACAGAGGCAAGAGAUACUUGACCUUUGGGACACCUGCAACGUUCCGUUGGUCUACAGGACCUACUUUUUCUUGCUCUUUAAAGGAGAUCCAUCAGAGGCUGUUUACAUGGAGGUGGAGCUAAGACGGUUGUCAUUUCUCAAGAAAAAAUUGGAUCGAUCCACAGUCACGAAAGAUGAUCAAGUUUUAACAGAGACCUCAAGCACAAAGGCUCUGAAUCGGGAGAGAGAGAUGCUGAGCAGACAAAUGUACAAGAAGUUUUCAGGUAAAGAAAGAGAUGCUUUAUACGAAAAGUGGGGCAUCGACCUAAAAACGAAGCAGAGAAGGCUUCAGCUGUGCCGCCUGCUGUGGACCGACCCCAAGAACAUGGACCACAUCAAAGAGAGUGCUGCCCUUGUUGCUAAAUUGGUUGGUCUCAAGGAACUGGAGCGCGCCCCGAAAGAAAUGAUUGGGUUAAGCCUCUUGCAAGAACCUCAAAACCUCAGUUGCUUCAGCUGGAUGCCUUCCCUGAUAUAAUACUCCCUGGAGGCGAUAAGUGUAUAACAAAGACAAGAGAAAUCACUUACAUUAGCAAGUUUUCUAAAUUAUAACUCCAUGUGUAACAUAUGCGGUUGAGAUUCUAACUCCUCAUUGUAAUGUUGUAUCUGAUUGAGUUGAAUCAGAGUUCGUGAAAUUUAUUUCUCAA